AGCUGAGCAGAGCCAGAGACUGCAUGGUGGUUUCAGAAACUGCCUACUUAAUUCGGAAAUAACAAUGGUUGGAAAGGCUAGAUCUUCUAAUUUUACAUUAUCUGAAAAGCUUGAUUUGCUAAAGCUGGUGAAGCCAUAUGUUAAAAUUCUUGAAGAGCACACUAAUAAACAUUCAGUAAUAGUGGAAAAGAACAAAUGCUGGGAUAUCAUAGCAGAUAAAUAUAAUGCUAUUGGAGUAGAUCGCCCUCCUCGUACAGCACAAGGCCUGCGUACCCUCUAUAAAAGGCUCAAAGAAUACGCCAAACAGGAGCUCUUGCAGCAAAAGGAGAUUCUGUUAGAUCAUAGGAGCAGUAUUUCUGAGCCAACCAAGAAAGUUGUGGAAAUGAUUCCCCAGAUUUCCAGUGUAUUCCUAGGAAGAGACAAGAACAAUAUACAAAGUGCAAACGUGGAUAAGGAACCGCAUGCAGGUACCAGUUUGCCACAGGUGAUGUUGGAUCACCAUCCUGUUGCUAUUACAGUGCAGUUGGACCAAGAAGAAGAUAUUAAACCACCUCCUUCACUAAUUGUAGAUUCUCAACAGAAUGAGACAUUAGAGCAAAGAGAAGAACAUGAAUUGGUCCGUAUUGUGGAGACAGCCUCACCUUCACUUUCCUCUGUUAAUACAAGAAUGACAUUAUCGCCAUCUUCUCUUCCAAGAAGAGAUGACUUUUUUAGACAUGAAAGUGGAGAACAUUUUAGACCAUUAUUUGGAUAUGAUCCACAAACAUUGCAAAUGAUGAAGGAGGAGCAUCAGAUAAUUUUAGAAAAUCAAAGAAAAUUUGGACUGUAUGUUCAAGAAAAGAGGGAUGGAUUAAAGAGAAGGCAGCAGCUUGAGGAAGAGCUUCUAAAAGCAAAAAUCAAAGUGGAGAGGCUGAGAGCAAUACGCCUAAGACGUGAUCUUCCUGAAUACAACAGUCUAUAAAUAUUUAUCUUUUUUGUCCUAUAAUCUGAAAUUUUCACCUGUGAUUUAUUUAAUUAAAUGGUUUUGAGAAAGUCAAUUCCAUAAGGCAAUGUGCUGGAUCAGAAUACAUAUUCUUAAAAUACUAGUUUCCCACUAUUAUAAGAAAACUCUUAAAAAUUUUCUUAUUUCACAUCUUUUGAUUGUUUCAUAUGUCUGUAAUACAUAUUUUAAAAUUUCCUCCUAAAUUUUAUUUGUGAGGAGUUUUAAUAGCUGGUCUUUAAGGUGUUUUUACUUUUUUUCAGUAAAGUUAGUAAAAAUUUCAGAAGAAACUUGCACUUCUGGCGUAGAAAUACUCAAGUUAAUCUUUAGAAGAGGGAAAAUGUCAAUUAGAGAUUUUCUAAUAAUCUUAUUAUUAUGUUGUGAUAAUCUAAUCAGAAUUAGUUGCUCUAAUCAGGUCCAACUGAUUUUCAUACCUUAUUCUCUUUUCAAAAAUAAAAUUUUUUGAUGCCUUUUUACAUUAGUCAUUUCUGGAACUACGGACCUUCUCUGCCCCACAGUUGAAUCCUCUCUUGUAACAAAGGUUAAGCAAAAACACCAAAUACAAGUGACCUUAACUGACAACGUAUACAAUAUUCUGCCCUAAUAUAGUCUACUACCCCUUUGCUGAGAAAGAGGUCACACCUUAAUUUUUUUAAAGACUAAAGUGUAGAACCAUAGAAUUUUAGAGCUGGAAGGGACCUUGUUAGAGAUCAAAGCCUCUCAUUUUAUAGAGGAGGAAAUUAAGUGGCUUAGCAAAAGUCAAAAACUAGUUAUUGACGGAUCUGGGAUUAGAACCCAUUUCUGAUUUAUAGUCCAGUCAUCUUUUUUAUCAUGCCACAAAUCCCACCAGUUACUUUAAAUAUUCCUA